CGCCCCCUCCCGGACGCCAGCAGCAGGGUCAGAAAGACGGUGGCUGCGGUCUGAGGUGGCUCUGGGCAGUCUCUGACCGUGUCCCCCGUCUGCUAACUUCUCGCCUCUGGUCCCCGCCAUGCCGAUGUACAAGGUAAAGCCCUAUCAUGGAGGCAGCACACCUCUGCAUGUAGAGCUUCCAGCCUGCAUGUACCGGCUCCCCAACGUGCACAGCAAGACCGCCAGCGCCGCUUCCGACGCGGGCCACGUGCAGGAAACAUCUGACCUGUCUUUGCAAGCCCUUGAAUCCCGCCAAGAUGAUAUAUUACAGCGCUUGUAUGAGUUGAAGGUGGCAGUGGAUGGCCUUUCCAAGAUGAUUCACACUCCAGAUGCAGACUUGGACCUAACCAACAUCCUGCAAGCUGACGAGCCAGCAACAUUAACCACCAAUACAUUGGAUUUGAAUUCUGUGCUUGGAAAGGAUUAUGGGGCUCUGAAAGACAUUGUGAUCAAUGCAAACCCAUCCUCCCCACCGCUCUCCCUGCUUGUGCUGCACAGGCUACUCUGUGAACACUAUAGGGUCCUGUCCACUGUACACACACAUUCAUCAGUCAAGAAUGUGCCUGAGAACCUUCUCAAGUGCUUCGGUGAACAGGCUAGAAAACAGCCUCGCCAUGAGUAUCAGCUGGGCUUCACUUUGAUUUGGAAGAACGACUUCCUCAUGGGAAACAUAACCAAGAGGGGAAGCAGAGACCCGGUGGCUGACACUGCAAAGUCACUGGAGGAUAGCCCAGACACUGUGCUGCACACUAAACUUUAUGAGGCCAUAAUCAAGGAAGACUGCACCACAAUCAAGGCACUCCUUAGAAACCACCCUGUCAACCAGCCCUUGACCAUCCUGGCCAACUCUACCAGUUACAGACUACUUCUGAGUCAGCAAACACAGUCCAUCUUCCCCAUCCAUCUGGCCACUGAGUACCACAAGCCACAAAGUUUGCUUUGUUUGUUAGAACAUGGGGCUGACCCAGAAGUAAGGGACACACAAGGCCUCACCACUCUUCACCUGAUGCUGCUAUACUGGCCAAUCUCUUCUACCACAUGGACCAAACCGAGCAAUAGAAUCCAAAAGAUCCUGAUGGACAUUCAGAACAAUGCUGUCACAUGUCUCCGGAUUUUGUGUGAGCAUGGAGCUCAAGUUAAUUCCCGGGUGGACAACAGCAACAAGCAUUCACCUCUCCACCUAGCCAUAACAUAUGGAACCUAUCCAGUUCUCUCCCUUCUGGCCCAAAAUGGUGCCCAGGUCAAUGCUAUUAAUGAAUCUAGCAUGACGCCCCUCCACAUGGCUGCAAAUGUCCUGAACAAGAACAUGAUAGAGAUGCUCAUUGCGUGUGGGGCCAAUGUGAACUGUGCGAUCUCACCUACUGGGAACACAGCCCUGAAACUGGCGGUGUGCACUGCAUCGAGCAAAGCAGGCCGACUGCUGGCAGCGGGAGUGGGCUGCAUCCAUUUGCUGCUAACUCAUGGAGCCCAGGUCAAUGCCCAGGACCAUGAAGGCCGAACGGCUCUGCAUGAGGCAUGUUUUGGAGGUAGAGAGGUAAUAAUCAAUCUUCUGCUGGAAUUUGAAGCAAAUGUUAACAUUUUAACAAGAAAUGGGGAAUCUCCAAUUCACAUGUACCUUCAGCGUAGUUCCAACAUCAGAGAUAAAACUCUCCUGGCCAGGCUAUUGUAUCGCACUUACCCUUUAAGACUGAGCAAUAAGCAAGGGAUUCUGCCUGCAGGAAUCAUGCUGCCAGAAUUCCACCUCCUAAGGAAAACCCUAGUCAAGUUAGCUAGAAACCCUCUAUCCUUAGAGGAUAUCUGUAAGAGAAACAUCAGGAAUAUUUAUGGUGAGAAGUACAAAUUCGACCUGAAGCAACUUCUCCCAGGCAAGUUGUGGAAUUCUGUAUAUGGCUUUUAUGACUUAGCAUACCUCUUGAAGUGAAAGUCCCCAGGUCCUCAAUGCCAGAGAAUCUCAGCAACUUAAACUGCAGUUUCUGGCAAGACAUGUACCAGAAAAUACCUAACCUUCACUUUUACACUGCAAUGUACAAACUAUUGGUUCUUAAACCUUGUUUCAAAGAAUAAAGUGACUUGCACAUUAUAACUCUUACGGUCCUAAAUUAACAUGAUUUAAUUUUUGCCUAAAAAGUAGGCAAAUUGCUUUAAAACAUGCCAACCAAAGAAUAAAACACAGUUUUUCCUUCCUUGAUAGUC